GCCGAGCCGAGCCGAGCCGAGCCGCGCGCGAUCGCCGUCCGUGGUCUGUGAAGAUUCUCUCCGCGUGCGACGAUUGAGAUCGAUCAGCAGAUAAAUCCAGCUUGCGAGCUAUAUCGCGAUUAUUAAAAAUCUACGAUGGCAGUUAGGUAGUCGUGGAAAUCAACACUGGACAUUCGCGCACUUCGAGCAUAUUUAUAUUUAUUUUGAAGAUGUAAAGAAUACAAUCAUAAUGAAGCCACAGAAGAAGGCUGUUGUUGCCAAAAAGGCAACUAAAAUGCCAGCAGUCGCCAAGAAACGUCGCACAUUUACAGAGAAGACAAUGCCAGAUGUGAGGAAGGAGAAGAAAUCAAAGAAAAAUAACAAACUGGAAGAUCCAAAGAAGAAGAUAGAUAACGAUAAGAAGAAAUUGGAAAAGGUGGAGGAGAGGAAAAAGCUGGAUGACAAGAAGAAGAUAGAGGAGAAAAAGAAGGAGCGAUUAGAUAAAUUAGAGGAGAAGAAAAAACAAUUGAAUAAGGAUAACGAGAAGAAAUCUGACAAAAUUGAUGAGAGGAAAGCGGAAAAAAGGGAUGACAAAACGAGUAAUGAAGAAAUGAGCCAAGAGAAUACGGAUAAGAAAAAAUUACAAAAAUGUGAGGAGAAAGCUAAAUUGGAAAAACAGUCUGUGGAUAAUAAGAAGAAAAUUGAGAAAACUGAGGAUAAGAAGAAGAGCGUAAAAUUGGACGAUAAUACAGGUAUGGAGGACAAUGUAAAAUCUUUAAGUACGCCGGAAGAUAAGGACGCGCUUGAAAAUAAAAUCGAUAUCCUCCCUCCUCUCAAAAAAAGAAAAGAGAAUGAGAAGAAGAAAGAUGUCAAGUUAAUUAAAUCUGAUAUUAAAGCAAUAUCGAAGAACUCUAUCGUGAAAGAUAAAAAAGCGGAGCGCAAGAAAAUUCAGAGCGGGGCGGAAGGCGGGCAAAGUCAGAAGAAGAGCGUUACAAGGAAAACAGUUUUAACGAAGAAGCCUCAUUUGUCGGUAGUUAAAAGACUGGCGGACAAGAAGAUUAAGUUAACCAAGCCGGUGAAAGAUGAAGAAAUGAGCGAAGAUGAGGACGCGGUCAAGAAAGCGAAGAAGAAGGGUAACAACUUCGCUAAGAGUAAGACUUUACAAGAGAAAAAACCAAAGCUGGCUAAACACAUGAAAGCGAAAUUGCCUCAGAAACAUUCGAAGAUCAGUGCCGUUCUGAAAAGGGAAGAUAA